AUGGCUCCACGACGUACAAACACAACCGACAACACGCUGAACGAGUGGGAGGAGUUGCGAAGAACACUCGUAACGAUGCAGGAGAACAUCCAGUUGACAAUUCACAACUCGAUGAGAGAGUUCGCUGAGGCAACUUACGAGAGGUAUGAUCGUGAUCGCAUGGAUCAUGGUCGUCGUGAUCGUGACCGAGAUCGUGGGCAAGCUGUCUCUGAAGAUGGAUCGACCGACGUGGACGAUAACCCAUUCGCCGAAGAAGUACACCAUCAGAGAAACAGAGGAGUUAACUACCCUCGAGAACGGGAUCGAGAAGACAGGAGUUGGGAGCUGGGGUUCAAAGGUGAUAUCCCAGAAUUUCACGGUGGAGUCCGUGGAGAGGAACUUUUGGAUUGGCUAGUGGUCGUCCAAGAGAUGCUGGAAUUCAAACGGGUUCCCGAGGAGAGAAAGGUGGCGUUGGUUGCGACUAAAUUUCGUGGAAAGGCUGCAUCGUGGUGGCUUCAGCUUAAAGCAUCACGAGUUCGUGCAGGAAAGGAGAGCAUCAGUACGUGGGCAAAACUUGAAAAAUCACUCCGCAAAUCAUUCCUACCGUACAAUUUUGAUCGCACAAUGUUCACCCGGCUUCAGAAUCUGCGACAAGGCUCUCGUUCUGUUGACGAUUAUGCGGAGGAGUUCUCGCUACUCCUGACUCGCAACGAGAUCUUUGAUAGUGAAGUCCAAUUGGUCUCCCGUUUCAUUGGCGGGUUGCGGACACAGAUUCAAAAUACGAUGUCCCAGUUUGACCCGCUUACGGUUGCGGAAGCUCAUAGGAGAGCUGUAGCUUUCGAGAAUCAGUUCAAGUCAUCAACGCAGAAUUGGCCUUCUUCGUCACGUGCGCGACCUCCUCUUGCUUCCAAUGAAGCGUCGCAUGCUCAUGCGUCGAAGGAAAACAAUGAAACAGGAGUUACUCGAGCUGUAGGCUCGACAAAACAAGCGACACCAGCUGAGGAUCUCAGGCGUUCUAACCGUCCUAACGCGCUUCGAUGCUAUACUUGCGGUGAGGCAGGGCACAUGCAAACAGCUUGCCCUAACACAACAAAGCGAGGACUGUUAACAGAUGAGGUCGUAUGGGAUGAUGAGGAAAUAGAGCUUCCAGAAGAACCUCUCGAAGUGAUCACUGAGGAGCGCAACGAAGGGGAUCGCGGAAAUCUGCUAAUGCUGCGGCGUGUUUGUCUAGCACCUAUGCGACAAGAUGAUCACCCUUGGCUACGCACGAACAUCUUCUCCUCAACUUGCACCAUCAAAGGAAAAGUGUGCAGAUAUGUGAUCGAUUCAGGGAGCUGCUGUAAUGUGAUCUCCGAGGAGGCAGUGCAGAAACUUGGUCUAAGACGAUCGGAUCACCCUGCUCCGUAUAAGCUCGUCUGGCUUCAGGAGGGUGCUGAGAUUUGUGUGGCUCACACGGUGCUGGUCUCACUGUCCAUUGGAGCCCACUAUAAGGAAAAAAUCUAUUGUGACGUGGUGCCAAUGGAUGUCAGUCAUAUCCUGUUGGGAAGACCGUGGCAAUAUGAUUGCGACGUCGCUCAUAGUGGUCGGAGCAACACUUACAGUUUCUUCUUCGAGAACCGGCGCAUUGUGCUCCUUCCUAGCCAGGAUGCUCCAUUACCGUCACCUCGCAUACACGAACCUCCAGCGCACUUGCGGGAAGGGACAGGUUCUAGUAACACUGUUUUGCUUUGUUCUUAUGCUUCUUUUGCCCAUGAGCUCGAAGAGGAGAAAUUUGCCCUUGCAUUGAUGGCUGUCUCGACUCCUUCGGUGCCUCAAGAAGCAGUGAACCCGCAUAUUGUACGGCUGAUUGAGGAUUUCGGGGACGUGUUCCCACAAGACCUUCCGUUGGGCUUACCACCUCUUCGCGAUAUACAGCAUCAAAUCGACUUGGUACCAGGAGCGUCUCUUCCGAAUAGACCUCACUACCGCAUGAGCCCUCAGGAGCACGAGGAACUGCGGAAACAGGUGGAGGCAUUACUUGCGAAGGGUCACAUUCGCGAGAGUCUCAGUCCCUGUGCAGUGCCAGCAUUAUUGAUCCCAAAGAAGGAUGGGACAUGGAGAAUGUGUGUGGACAGUAGGGCGAUCAACAAAAUUACAGUGAGGUAUAGAUUUCUUAUUCCGAGAUUGGAUGACUUACUGGACCAGAUAGGAUCGGCUAGUCUCUUCUCUAAACUUGAUCUCAAGAGUGGAUACCAUCAAAUCCGUAUUCGCCCAGGAGAUGAGUGGAAGACUGCAUUUAAGACACGCGAAGGAUUAUUCGAGUGGCUGGUGAUGCCUUUUGGGUUGUCAAAUGCCCCCAGCACGUUCAUGCGCAUCAUGAACCAAGCACUUAGGCCUUUCAUUGGUAAAUCCGUGGUGGUCUAUUUCGAUGACAUUUUGAUUUUCAGUAAGUCGAUGGAAGAACACAUUGUACAUCUGCGGCAAGUCCUUGAUGUUUUGCGCAGAGAGCAACUGUUUGUGGCUCGCCAUAAGUGUGAAUGGGGUGUCGACAAGGUGCUAUUCUUGGGUUAUGUUGUUUCGCAGAAGGGUCUUUCUAUGGAUCUCUCCAAGGUUGAGGCGAUUCGAGCGUGGCCUACACCAAAGACAAUAUCGGAGGUUCGCAGCUUCCAUGGCCUUGCGUCAUUUUAUCGGCGUUUCGUCUCACAUUUUAGUACGAUCAUGGCUCCACUCACGGAGUGCAUGAAAGGGACCGCAUUUGCAUGGACCAAAGAGGCCGAGGAGGCAUUCUCGUUGAUCAAACUGAAGCUCACGACAGCUCCCGUCCUAAUUUUGCCUGACUUUUCACAGACUUUCGAGCUUCAUUGUGACGCAUCGAAGUUGGGCAUUGGAGUUGUACUUAGCCAGAAUUCUCGUCCGGUGGCAUUCUAUAGUGAGAAGCUCGCUGGAGCGCGUAGCCGCUACAGCACGUACGACGUUUAA